AUGGAGGUAAUGUCUCCUGGAACUAAGAAUCUUCAAACUUAUAUGAUUAACAGGCUCUUAGUCUACAUGUGCCGAGAGUUCCGUGCUGCCGAAAAGCGCCAUUUUCUUCCUUGUAUCCGCGCAGAUGAGCUACCUUCACAAUUUCCUUAUCUAUCUGAAGCCUUUCUUCGGAAGAAGCUGAAGGAACAUGCAAAUUUGCAGGCACUUUCUUUUUGCUCAAGGGGAUCAAAUGGACAAUGGAUGUGGGUUAAGAAACGCAACUUCCGAAUUUUCUCAGAGGAUGAAUUAAGAAAUAUGGUGAAGCCAGAAGAGGUAUGUGCCUAUGAAAGCAUGCAAGCUGGUCUUUACCGGCUCAAACAUUUGGGAAUUACUGAAACACAUCCCUCUGCCAUAUCAUCUGCAAUGAGUCGUCUCCCUGAUGACGCAAUUACUCUGGCUGCUGCAUCACACAUUGAAAGGGAACUGCAGAUUACUCCAUGGAACUUGAGUAGCAAUUUUGUAGCAUGUACACAGGGAAAAGAAAAUAUUGAGCGUUUGGAAAUAUCUGGUGUUGGUGAUCCAUCUGGCCGGGGCCUAGGUUUUAGUUAUGUUCGUGCUGCACCAAAAGCAUCUAUGUCAAGUGCAGUGGUGAAAAAAAAAUCUGCUGCUACUCGAGGAGGUUCCACUGUUACCGGAACAGAUGCUGAUCUACGCAGAUUAAGCAUGGAGGCUGCACGAGAGGUGCAUUAA